AUGGCUCGCACUAAACAAACAGCUCGCAAAUCAACAGGUGGUAAAGCACCUCGACAAUCUGCUGUAUUUCAAACAUAUGCUAAACGAAAACAAGCUGAAGCUAAGCAACAAGGUAAACCAGAAAUAACUGAAGCUGAAAUUGCUGAAACAGCUCCUGUUGAUGUAACAUAUGAUGUUAGUUAUGAAAGUUCAUUUUAUGCUCAUCAUUUUACGGCACAACCAACAACAACAGAUUUAUUUAUGCCAUCAUUUGGUAUUGCUACAACAAUUAAUUCAUUAGAAAAUGAUAAUAAAAAUAUUGAACAUUGGCUAAGUGUUAAUUUUAAUAGUUGUCUUGAUGGUUCAGGUAUUCGUACACAUCGUGCUCGACUUCAUCUUGUUAUAACACUUGAUAUAUCGGGUUCAAUGUCGGAUAAAUUUGAAGGUGAACCAGGUAAAACAAAAUUACAAAUAGCACAACAAUCAUUAUUAACACUUCUUAAACAACUUUCACCUGAUGAUGCAUUUGGUAUUGUACUUUUUAAUCAUGCUGCAACAAUUUUACAACCAAUGGAAAGAAUGUCAUCAAUUAAUAGAAAACAAUUAGAAGAAAAUAUUCUUAAAUUACGUGCUAAUGGUGGUACUAAUAUAAGUCGAGCUAUUGAAGUUGCUAGUGAUUUAUAUAAUUCAGAAACAGAUAAAAAAGGUAUGAAAGAUGAUAACAACAUGAUUAGUCGUCGAAUUUUUUUUCUAACUGAUAUGGAAGUAUCAACAACGGAUGGUCAAACAUUUUUAAAACGUAUUCAAGACAAUGCACAAAAUCAUACAAUAUGGUCAACAGUUGUUGGUGUUGGUCUUGAUUUAGGUGCUGAAGUUAUUCAAUCAGUAUCACGAACAAUUGGUUGUAAUUAUUGUAAUGUUCGAAAUGCUCGAACAUUUGAUGAAUUAAUGAAUACUGAAUUUCAUUAUACAGUUACACCAAUUGGAUUUAAUAUUGAAUUAUUAUUAUUAAGUGAACGUUAUACAAUUGAACAAGGAUAUGGAUCACCUGAAAUACAUCAAUUACAAGAUAAAAUUGAUACACGUCAAUCAAUUAAAUUAAUAACUGAAUUUCCAUCACCAAUGAAUGAUAAAAAUGAAGUACGUGGUGGAUGUCUUUUAUUUAAAAUAAUUGAUAUGAAAAAAGAUGAAAAUAAAGAAAAAUUUAAAAUUAAUACAUCAUGGGAUACAAUAUCUGGUAUACGACAAAUUAAUGAACAAGAAUUUGAAUUUUCAAAUGAUAUUGAUUCAUUUACACAUUCUGGUAUACGUAAAGCUAUAUUACUUGUACGUUAUACAUCAUUUAUGAAACGUUAUUUAAAAUUACGUCAAGCAUCAGCAACACCUGAUAUUAUUGAUGAAUAUCAAUCAAUGCGACGACAAUAUCCACGUUUAGUAGAAUAUUUUCAUAAAGAGAUGAAUAUUAUUGAUGAUAAAUCAUUAAAUGAAGAAGAAUAUAAACAUUUAUUGGAUAUUGCACAACAAGAUGAUAUACCUUUGAAUGAAAAUCUUCAUCCAACAGCACCAGUUGUAGCUACAACUACAACUACAACUACUACUAUUGAUCAUCCUAUUACAGCAAAAAAAACACUUCCUUCACUUGAAACAUUACCUCGUCGAGAUUUACAAACUCUAGCAAAACAACAUAGUAUUAAAGGAAAUUUGAAAACAGAAGAGCUUGUUCGAAAACUCUCUGAUGUUAUUACCGAUGAUGCAAUACCCGCAACUACGACUGCUUCUAGUGGUGAUGUCUGUUGUAUAUGUUUAACAAACAACAGUUCAGUAAUUUUAUUACCAUGUGGUCAUAAAUGUUUAUGUAAUGAUUGUACUAACAAACAAGAAGAACAAUUAACUAAAUGUCCUAUAUGUCGACAAGAUAUUUUACGUGCAACAACACCAACAGUUAAACGACAACGUACGGCUUAA